GAGGGAACAGUCGUGCUAAACUGCUAGUUAUCCCCACCCAAUUUUUUGGAGCCUCCUAGCUAGCUCCUGUGUUUUUGCCUUAAUAUACCUACAGCCUUAUGUUGCUAAUUGCAGCUGCUACUAGCCUAGCUACAAGGACUUGUGGAGUUAAGAGCCAUGGAAUGGGACUACAAGGACUUUGCUUGGGAUUCAAAUGAUGAUGAUCAGUUGGAUCAUCAGCAAAAGGGAAAUGAUCUUGCUGCUUUGGUUGGUUCAAGUAGUGCUAGAAGCAGAGGAUGUGAAUCACCAUCAUUCAGCUUAGUGGAUUUGAAGCUUGGCAGUACUAGUGCUGAAGUGGUUGCUCCAAUUGCAAUAAAGCCCUCAAUUUUAAUUUCUUCUUCACCUUUGUCCAGGACCAGAAAGGUUGAUCAUCAUCAGAAAAUCAAAGUAGCAUCAUCGCCUACGCCGACAUGCUUGGUCGAUGGUUGCAAGGCAGACCUGAGUCGCUGCAGGGAGUAUCAUCGCCGGCAUAGGGUCUGCGAGCUCCACUCCAAGACGCCAAUUGUGGUCAUCAGAUGUCAACAGAAGCGAUUCUGCCAGCAGUGCAGCAGGUUCCAUUCUCUGGUGGAGUUUGAUGAGGUGAAGAGAAGCUGCAGAAAACGUCUCAAUGGACACAACCAGCGGCGGAGGAAACCUAAACCAGAAUCUUUCUACUUUACUUCCAAUAAUUUCCUCUCCAAUUACAAAGGCCCCAGAAUCUUGCACUUUGGUAGUCCACAGCUAUGUGCAACCACCAAUGUUAGAAGUUUGUGGCCUUUUGAGGCCAAAAAUUCAGCAGAUCAUCAACCGAUGCUGUACAAUCGUCACCAGCGGAUGCAAGCAGUUGAUCACCUACGAAUUCCUCCCAAUUGCAGCACUGACGAUGGAGGAGCCGAUAAACAGUUAUUUUUCUUGCAGACCAAUGACCCUAGAGUUUCAUCUUUCAACCAAGCAGCAACCCCUCAAGCUUUUAUGCGAGAGUCGUUUCCAACACCAGCUGCAGCUGCAGCCUUACCACAAAGCACAAGGGAUGCUGCAGGUCCUGCAAUUUCUUUUGAUGGUACAACUCGAGGCAUUGACUCGAGUUGUGCUCUCUAUCUUCUGUCAUCGUCAAAUCCAACACAAAGUUUGGUGAACAGAAAUCUAACUCACUCGGUCCAGUCCAAUGUGGUCACUAGUACUGAUUCAGGUCAUCAGCAACUCCAAAUGAAGAGUUUCUCUGAAUUCCCAUCAUACUGUUCACAUAAUCAUGUGGAGGACAAGUAUUUUCUGAGGCCUGAUCCUGAUGGCCUGUUGGACACUGGGACUUAAAUGCUUCCAAUUCUAAUGGAGUGAUAUUCUCUUCAUAUUUCGACCAAAAAAAAGAAGAAAGAUAUUCUCUUCAUAUGGAUAGCGUUUUUAUGUAUUGAAUAAAGUUACUGCUGGGAGAUACUCAACUA